AUGCCAAGAGGAGGUCGUGCAGGCGGACGAAGCGGGGGCUCGUCCUCCGGUGUACGAGCAGUGGCAAAUGCUCUGGGCAUUGCUCGGAAUGAGAUGCCAGUCUCACAAACAGCUCUACCGCUCGACAAAUCAGACGAGUUGCAGUACAUGGCCGAAUUGCGACAAGAAUUACUCACACGUUUUCAGGAUUCUUCGUUUUUUCUUGAAGCCAGGGAACCCAGUUGUGAAUUUCGGCGCUACACCGAUAAAUAUCGAGUAAUCGAAAAAGAGAAAUUUUUUCCAGGUGGCUGGGAAUGCCUUCCGGAUGAGCUGUGUCCAAAACGAAUAAAAAGAGGUGAACCACAGCUAAAGAAACGAAAAGCGAUGGACGGGGGCGAUGACGAUGUGUCCAAAAAACUGUCUAAGUUGGAGGAAAAUGAGAACAACACUGACCAAGAAACUGGUAUGCAAGGAGAGGCCGCCGACGACAGUGAGGAAGAAAGUGAAAAAGACGAAAUUAACAACGAAAAUGAGCAGGUUAAUUACUCUCUGUUUUUGUCAGGUAGUGAAAAAAUCCCAGUGAUAUUUUUUUUUCGAUUUGCUUAUUUACCGUUUAAUGUUCUUUUUAACUUUUUAUGCGUUUCGUGUUGA